AAAAGAGUGACCAUUACACAACUCUAGUUAAACAGGCUUCUUCUCUCGAUCUGCUGUACGUCCUUUCUUCACACACACACACACACACACACACACAAAGAAAGAGAAGAUUACGAUGAUCGGAGUUGGGAAGAUCAAGCAGUACUCGAACGUUCUCGACAAGCCUCUCAGCAAGGGCAAGCAAGAGGUGAGUUUGAGUGCGUUUGCGUUCUUGUUUUCGGAGCUUGUCCAAUACAAUCAGACGCAGGUGGACAAUAUUGCCGAGUUAGAACGAAGGCUGGAGGAUGCAGGCUAUGCUGUUGGGGCUCGAGUUUUGGAACUUCUUUGCCAUAGGGAUAAGGGAAACAGAAGGGAAACACGAUUGUUGGGCAUUCUUUCGUUUGUACACAGCACAGUAUGGAAGGUGUUAUUUGGAAAGGUGGCUGACUCACUUGAGAAAGGCACCGAACAUGAAGAUGAAUACAUGAUCAGCGAAAAGGAGCUCCUUGUGAAUAGAUUUAUUUCAAUUCCAAAAGACAUGGGGACAUUUAACUGUGGGGCGUUUGUUGCUGGAAUAGUAAGAGGUGUUUUGGAUAGUGCUGGUUUUCCAGCUGUUGUAACAGCUCAUUUUGUGCCCAUGGAAGGUCAGCAAAGGCCUCGAACAACCAUUUUAAUAAAAUUUGCUGAGGAGGUACUACGAAGAGAAGCAAGGUUAGGUUGAUAUAUGUGCCAGGACUUAUUACAUGUAAUGUUUAUGAUGCUCAGCAAGAACAUGAUGAAUGUGUUAAUGCUCUGCAACAACAUGGUGAAGGAUGGUGAAUUUUUUAGCUGGUUUGUCAAAUUAAUUAUGAUUUUCACCUGCCAAUUCUGUCGCUUGGGCCAAAUUGAAUUCCUAUCAUUGAUUUGUAUUGUUGUAUACUCUAUUUCAUGGCACAGUAACUAUGUGGAUCUAGAAUUAGCAAUUACCAUCGGUCAGUCGAUGUAGAAAAGGAACAAAUGAAAGAAAAAAAAAAUUGUUAAUUUCUAUGUUUAUAUGAACUCAAGCAGAUUGUUUAAGCAGAGAGAUUGUUUUAUGAUUUGUAGUUAAGUGAGAAACAAAUAGUGUUACUAUAAA